CGGCGGUGGCUGCCAGGGCACGAUGUUUGCACGGGGGUUAAAGAGAAAAAGUGCCGAGGACGGGGAGGAUGUGGAAGGAGGCCUGGCAGGUGCCCAGGCCAUGCCUUCCUACAGCCUGCAGCGCCAGUCGCUCUUGGACAUGUCCCUGGUCAAACUGCAGCUGUGUCACAUGCUGGUGGAGCCCAACCUCUGCCGCUCGGUCCUCAUAGCCAACACAGUCCGGCAGAUCCAGGAAGAGAUGGCCCAGGAUGGGACCUGGCGUGUGGUGGCACCCCAGGCGGCAGGGCGGGCGCCAUUGGACCGCCUCGUCUCCACUGACAUCCUGUGUCGAUCGGUGCGGGAGCAGGAGGGGGAGCGCCCUGCCCCUGACGUGGGAGAUGGCCACACGCCAGACCUGGUUCUGGGACCUGCCACGGUCCCAUCUGCACAGGCCCUGAGGAGCCCACAGAGCAGCCUCUGGGAAGUGGACAGCUCUCGAGAAAACAGAGGAGGCUUUCAGAAGUCCCUGGAUCAGAUAUUUGAAACGCUGGAGAAUAAAACCUCUGGUUCUGUGGAAGAGCUGUUUGCAGACGUGGACAGCUCCUACUACGACCUGGACGCGGUGCUCACGGGGAUGGUGGGCAGCACCCAGUCGGGCCACGGCAGCGGGCUCCAGGCCUUCUCCUCCGCGACCGCCCCACCUCCCAGUUCCAGCUGCAGGUCGGAUCUGGGUGAGCUGGACCACGCGGUGGAGAUCCUGGUGGAGACUUGAGAGGGCAGCUGUGCCCUGAUGGGACACAUCGUGGAUGGAUUCAUAAGGCAUCCAGAGUGCUUGGCCUGUGAUGCUCGCUGCCCUGCAUCUGCGGGCUCAGCGCCUGGUUUGUCUGUGAUGAGAAGAAUGUUCCAGAACACCAUCCAGUUGCCCUCUCCUGUUUCUCCCCAAGGGGGCUAGGCGGUUUUCCUUCAGGCUGGUCAUCCGGGCCAGUCUUGACAUCCUGCUGGCCCUGAGCGCUCGCCCCCUCUGUCCUGCUGCAGCUCUGUGGAGGGCUCGAGUCGCCAGCUCUGUAUCCAGCCUGGUUUAACUUUAGAUAGGUGAAUUUUUUUAAAUUAAGUUUUAUAUGUUUUGGGCAAUAUUUUGUCUUAAGAUAUAUUUUUUAAACUUUUUAUACUUUUAUCUUUUUAGAUUUUUUCAGCUAUUUUCUUAAAAGUAUAUUUUUUCUAUAAACAUUUUCUGCUGCUACAUUAGAAACUUAUAACCUAAACAGUUGCAGUUGGUGUAUUUCUUUUUUUAAGGUUUAAGUAAGGACUUGUUU